AAUCAUUUAAUUAAAAAAAAGAAUGUCAUCUUUACAAAACAUCUCAUUUGCAUAUGGAAUCCAUCUGGAUGUUCCAUGGUUCUAGAGUGACAUGACUUAGAACAUGUUCGUGUAGAUCCAGUCAGUGAUAGAUUUGUGACGAUACAGUUGCAUUUUUCCGAUACUCACAGGUAUUUGCGAGACAUUAAAGGCCUUCCUGCAAUGGCGUAAGAUGAAGAUGAACUACAAUGAAGACAGUGAUCCAUCAGAGAGCCACAGAAGAAACAGUGGCUCCACCAGUCAGUCCAGGAUCCUGGACAUUGAGAGAGCUGAAAGGGCUGAGUUUUAUGCACUCCUUCAACGAGUAGAGACACUGUAUUCUUCACAGAAUUCCAAAAAUGAUGCGGUUAGGAAAAGAAUGGGAUUCUCUAUCCAGCAGGACACCCUCCCUUCACCUCAGCCUCCAGCUUCUCCCACAAGAAGCCCUGAAUCCUCUCUGCGAGGGAGGAGACCUAGGCCCAUUUUAAAGGAUGACAAAAGGGUUCGGACGUCCAGGGCCAACCAGACGUUGGUAGAAGAGGAGCCUUUCUAUGAGAAGAAGCUGCGUCUGGGCAGGAAGAUGGCUGGGGGGACAGCUGCAAACAGGAGCCCAAGUACAGACUCCAGCUCCCUCAGCUCUGUGAACAUGCACACUCCCACUGAGCUGAUUUCACAAACCAGCCUGUUCACCCCUACUCUUUCUCCUCCUCCUCCUCCCCCUCCUCCCAGAGCAACCAGGAGACCGUCUCGUCUCCCAGUGAUUGCUAUGAAAUUUGGUGGAGCAGGCAAGGAGGUGGCUGGUGGAUGCAAGCUCCAGACAUCACAGACGACACUAGAGGGACUUAUGGAGACACUAAAGAAAUUCGAGUUUCGCCACCGUCCUUCACCUGAACUACCAGCAGCCCCCAGAAAGACCCCAACGGUGGCACCCAAGUUUCCAGCACGUCCAUCAGAAGCUGCCCCGCCCAACAGAAGUGGACUUCGUCAUGGGACCCCGGCAGUGGCGCCCAAAGUUCCAGCACCACCUUCAGAAGCUGCCCCGCCCAACAGAAGCGGACUUUGUCAUGGGACCCCGGCAGUGGCGCCCAAAGUUCCAGCAGCACCUUCAGAAGCUGCCCCGCCCAACAGAAAAGGACCUCGGCGUGGGACAAAAUGCCAUCUAAAGGCUGUCGCAGGUCAGGAAGACCUCCAGCCUUUGGUCGACCCUGCAAAGAGCCUGUCCCUCUGCUUCACGCAGCUGACCUCAGAUAACUGGAAGGAGAACCUGGAUGGAUUAAAAUCUGUUCAAGCUCUGGCACGACACCAUCCAGAAUUCCUGCAGACCAAACUGCAUGAAGUCUGCCUGGUCCUCACAGAAGUGGUGAGUAACCUGUGCUCUGCUGUGAGCUAUGCUGCAAUGGGCACCAUAGCAGAGCUCCAUGCCCACCUGGGGAGGGCCAUGGACACUGAGGCACAGUGGAUAGGCCGUGUCCUGCUGCUGAAGUUCGCACAGACAACCAAAUCCUUCAUUCAUGAGCAGGCUAACCUCGCCCUGGAUGCGCUGGUGGAGGGCUGCAGCCCUGGUAGAAUAAUAAAUGUUCUCCUCGACACAGGGUUGAGGCACCGUUGUGCUGCAGUGAGGAGCAGCACAGCCAAGCACCUCCACCAGCUGAUGGACAUCGUUGGAGAGGAACAGAUCUUGACAGCAGGGAAGAUCUUCACAGAGCGUUUCCUUAUUGCUGUCAGUAAGAUGGCGGUGGAUCCUGCACCAGAAGUCAGGCACUACGGACAGAAUAUGCUCAAAGAACUCGCCCACCAGAAGGAGUUCACGGUCCAGUGGGAUAGGAUCAUCACAGUGAAAGACAGACAUCACUUGGAGAAGAUCUUGAAAAAGUUGAGGCAGUAGAAGCAGAGGCAAUGGAAAGACUGGAGACAUCUGGGAGUCCUUGGCCUAAAAAACGUUUAAGAACCCUGGUCUAGGAUAUACUGUCUGUGUCUGUCUGUGAUAGACUGGCAACUUGUCCAGAGCUUAAAGUUAACUGGGAUAAGCUAACAGUAAUAAUAAUAAUAUGAUAAUUAAAAUAAUAUUAAAAAAUGUUUCUGUUCUGUAUUAAAUUCUUAUUUAAUUGUUCUUCCUGUGUUUUUAAUUGUCUUGAUUGGUUUUCAACUGCACAUUUCAAAUUUAAUUAUAACAGCACUCUACUGUCUAAUAUUACAGUGUCUUUCACUUAAAAUGAUCUCAGAAGCAAUCACAACGCAUUCUUGAUCAGUUGAUAGCCAAGACGGCUGAACGUGAUACUCUUACAACUCGAGAGGUAGAAAAUGCGAUGGCCAAGUUGAAGCAUCUGUGGCAUAUUGUGAUGUGAAGCCAAUACAUUAAAUCCACAUCCAAUACCAUUUUAAAAACCCCAGGAUGUUCCCUAAUCAAAUCAAAAGAGAACAUGCAGAAAACACAUUCACAAAAGAAAGUAUAGACAUAUCAGUGCUCUUAGCACAAGUUGUCUGAGAAACUCUGCAGCCUCCACAUGAGAAGUCUAUGAUAAAAGGCCAAAAUUACCUUGAUUCAUGUAGAAUAGAACAAAAAUAAGUUUGUUAGUAAUUCUCUUGGUUAUGGUUGGAUGAAACAUGGAUAAUUGAACAUCAUCAGACAUGGUGUCCACUUGAGUUAUC